ACAAAAAAUCAAAAACACAAGCACCAGAGAGAGAGAGAGACUGUGCCUGCGUGACACCGCGCGAGGGGUUUAAUUGAGCCAAGCCAGCAGCAAGCACCUCUACGUCUACGUGGUACGUGCUCCCACUCCCGCAACCACGUCGAGGUAGUCAUGGCAGGGGCAGACGCAGGGAACACCUCGCCGCUCCCGCUCGCCGGCCGCGUCGCGCUCGUCACCGGCGGAUCCCGCGGCAUCGGCCGCGAGGUGUCCUCCCGCCUCGCCGCGCUCGGCGCGCGCGUCGUGAUCAACUACGCGUCCAACUCCUCAAAGGCCGACGAGCUCGUCGCGGAGCUCGCCUCCCGCGGGCACGGCGCCGUGGCCGUCCGCGCCGACGUGUCGGACCCGGACGCCGUACGCGCGCUCUUCGACCGCACCGAGGAGGCGUUCGGGUCCCCGCCGCAUAUCGUGGUCGCCUGCGCGGGCCUCCUCGACACCAAGUACCCGGCGCUCGCGGACACCGCCGUCGAGGACUUCGACGCCAUGUUCGCGGUGAACGUGCGCGGGACGUUCCUAGUGUGCCGCGAGGCGGCGAAGCGCAUCCCCGCUAGCAGCGGCGGCCGCAUCGUGACGUUCUCGUCGUCGAUCGUGGGCACGCUCCUGCCGGGGUACGCGGCGUACACGGCGACCAACGCCGCCGUGGAGGCGAUGACGAGGAUCCUGGCCAAGGAGGUGGCGGCCAAGGGGGUGACCGCGAACGUGGUGGCGCCGGGACCCGUGCGCACCGAGCUGUUCUUGGCAGGGAAGGACGAGGCGUUCCUGCGGAGGGUGGAGCAGGAGUCCAUGGGGCGCAUCGCCGAGACGACGGACGUGGCACCCGUGGUGGCGUUCCUGGCGAGCGACGCUGCGGCCUGGGUGAACGGCCAGGUCAUCAGGGUCAAUGGCGGCUUCGUCUAAGCGAGACAGGUGUUCGAAUCUGAUUCAGAGGUGGCAUCGGCCGCGUGCUUUAAAAGUUGAAAUUCGAGUGGCGUAUGAGUGUUAUAUAAGUUACUUCUUUUUUGUAUUAAAUUAUGUAACUCUAUUUAAGGUAUCCUUUUGUCAAGUCUGUAGGGUUUGCUGCUAGUAUCAAAAUUCCAGUGUUUCGAAGUGCAUUGCCUCAUAGUUGCACACUACUACUGGGAUGCAGUUUCCGUAGAUCUUACUAUGUCUAGUGAAUGGUAGCUUUUCUACACUUAAUUUGUAUAAUGAAUAGCAAAUACUCUCUUACAA